UCGUGAAAGUUUGCUGUAUUUGAGUAGACAUUUGCUGUACGUUUCAUACGUAAUGGAGGACAAGAAUAAUUCUGAGAAAACCGCUGCAGUGGAAAAUGCUACGGCUGGUCCAUCGCCAGCGAAAAAGUCUGUAAAAUCGAAAACUAAAUCGCAACGUUCGAAGUCGUCCCAUCCACCAACUUCGGAGAUGGUGAAUGCUGCUAUUAAAGGGCUUAAAGAUCGCAAGGGAUCGUCACUUCAAGCCAUCAAGAAGUACAUAGCAUCGACUUAUAAAGUCGAUGGCGAAAAAAUGGCACCGUUUAUCAAGAAGUACUUGAAAGCUGCCAUAACCUCUGGUGUAGUGGUACAGACUAAGGGGAAAGGCGCCUCUGGGUCGUUCAAACUCGCAACUUCCAAGGGUUCCGAACCAAAGAGUAAACCCAAACGCUCUGUGAAGAAGACCGAAUCUGUUGCAGCUGAAAAGAAACCCGCUGAGAAAAAACCAGCGAGUCCCAAGAAACCGGCUACUCCGAAGAAAGCAGCUGCAGUAAAGAAGCCACCAACACCGGCCAAGAAACCUUCCCCGAAGAAGGCUAAAACUGCUGCUGCGAAGAAAGCAGAAUCUGCGAAGCAAAAGGCAGCACCAGCUAAAACUUUGUCGAAAACAAAGAAAGUCACAAAAGCACCAGCAGCUAAGACGAAAACACCAAAACCUAAAACAGCGAAAUCGUCGAAAGCUGCGAGAGCAGCAGCGAAGAAAUAAUUCAUUGCAAAAUACCAUUGGCCCUUUUCAGGGCCACAAAUACUAUUUUACAAAGAAACAAUCUCGAUUUGCAACUUUACAGAAUUAACCAUACAUCCUGAAAUUCCUUUUCCUUUCAAAUGAAAUUUUAACAUAGAACACAGAUUACACAUAAUAUGCAUCGCUUUCACAAUCUCAUAGUAACCUAAACGAAAUAGAAUAUCAAUAAUUAGCAGGUAUAUAAUUAUGAAGAUUGGUAAUAACGUGAAAAAGUCGACAUGGCGCGUGAUAGUAGAGCCCUCUUCCAAGUAAAAUUAGUAAAUCCCCAUCAUCAAUACAGAAACUCAAGACACAAUUAGAAAGUCCAUAAUCAGAACUAUAAGACACUAAAAUUGUAACUUUCAAUUAGAAAAGCGAAAAUGAAAAAUAUCAUACAUGUUAUAAUAAAAAUAUUAAUUCAAUACAUAGUCAAUGUAUCCACAUUAAGUUAUAGGUUAUGUGGUUGAAAUGCCUAUUUAUUAGUCAGUAUUCAUUUAAUAUAUCUUCACUAAAUUAGGGCACAGAAUUAGUAUUUAUAGUUUAAAUUUCAUUGCCUGUAAAGAUGAUCUCAUAAGGGACAACUUGAAAAGAAAGAACCUUAAGAGCAAGUAUAUGUGCAUUAAAGUCUUGCAUACAGUGCAUAGGUGGAAACUAUCUUGUUUAAAUUAAGUUUCCUAUUCUCAGAGAAUUGCAUUAGGGAGUUCAAACAUUAUUGGAAAUACACGAUAGCUUUCUCCACAAUGUGUUAUUUUCUUUUUUAAUUUUUAAUGCAGAAUUGAAACAUAAACUUGUAACAACUGGAAAUCUUUCUUUGAACUAUGGCACACUGUUUCAAA